AUGUCUCACAAGCCAAAAAGGAAAAGAACCAGGAAGAAAAAGCCACAUUUGUCAGCUGAAGGUACAGAAAUGUCUACCAAGCCACAGAUAACGCUUAAACAAAAAAGAAAACUGAAGAGAAAAAGACAGGAAGAAUCUGAAGUUGGAGAAGAUGUAUCCUCAAGCCGUGCAAGUGAAGGAGACAGAAAAACACAACCAAAAACAAAGAAGGCAAGAAAGUCAAAGACACAGCAACAAGUCGGUGUGGACGAGACAGACAACUGUGCAGAUGCAGGACCUGUCAGAGUAAAGAAACCAAGUUUCAAACAAGGAACAGCCAAAGACAGCAAGGUACCUCCUGCAGGUACUUCAGAAGUGCCAAAGACAAGCCUAAAAAGAAAGACAACUGAGACAAGAAGUGAACCAAGUGUUCAGAGUAUCAAGGGGAAAACCUCUGAUGAAGUCCCUGUUAAGAUGCAGAAGAUACAAAAGUCAAAGCAUACAGAAAAAGAGACAGAUGUCAACAAAGACACAACAGGACCAAGUGACAGCCAAGGCAGCCAGGAGGACACUAAGAAGGGAAAGAAAAGACAGAAGAAGAAGAAGAACAGGAAUAAGAACAAAUUCAAAGCAGCUGAAGAAGACAAGUCCACUGUACCAACUGUUGAAAAAAGUAGCAAUGGCAGUACAGAAAAGUCUAAGCCAUCCGCUGAAGAUGAUCAGACUGGAAAAGCUGUUCUAAAAGAAAAAGGAAAAAUGGCCAGAACAGGGAUCACAGAAAAGGCUCCUCAGCAAGUUGCCAAGGAGGAAAAUGUAGAAACUUCUCCUAGUGCCAAACCUCCAGGAAAGAAGAAAAGUUCUCCCUUUGCCAAGCUGCAAAAGGUGUUGCAGUUCAUGAGGCCAAAUCAGGAGGCUGAAAAGUCUCCACCAUCCUUUCCCGGGCCAAAUAUUUUACAUCUGGUAAACCUGUCAGACGAGGAAGACAGUGGGAAAACAGGCAAGCAGAAAGGAGACACAGACACACUGGCAGACAGUAAAACCAAAAGCACAAAGGAACUAGCAGAAAGCAAAAAGAUGAAGAAACAAAGUGGUGGUAUUGCAGAUAUUAGAACUAAACAUCAGCAGACUCCCUUUAAGACAUCAGAGGAAAGUCUUGAGAAGGAUCCCAAAGAAGGAGUACAGGACCGUUCUUCUGUACUGAGACAAAAGAUGGAGGCCAGGUUGAAGUCAGCCAGGUUCAGACAGAUCAAUGAGAUGCUCUACACUACAACAGGCGAAGAAGCCAGAAGGAUGUUCCAGAAGGAUCCAGGUGCGUUCCAGGUGUACCACCAGGGCUUCUCAGCACAGGUGCAGAAAUGGCCGGUAAAUCCAGUGGACAAGAUCAUAGCCUGGCUCAAGAGAAGGCAGUCUUCUGAAGUAGUGGCAGACUUUGGAUGUGGAGACGCUAAAGUAGCCCGGAGUGUGAAGAACCGUGUUCACUCCUUCGACCUGGUGGCUGUCAACAAACAUGUGACUGUGUGUGACAUGACCAAGGUUCCCCUGGAGGAUGAGACUGUAGAUGUGGCAGUUUUCUGUCUGGCCCUGAUGGGAACCAACACCUCUGACUUCCUCAGGGAAGCCAACAGGGUCCUCAGACUGGGUGGUGUACUUAAAAUUGCUGAAGUUGCCAGCAGGUUCGAAAACGUCAAUGGCUUCAUCAGAGGGCUUGGACUCUUUGGAUUCAAGCUUGUGUCAAAGGACCUGUCCAACAGCCACUUUGUCAUGUUUGAGUUCACCAAGAUGUCUGAACCGAAGACCAGCCGGGCAAGUUCUGCACUGGAACUCAGACCCUGUCUGUACAAGAAGAGAUAGGCCAUGUCCAGAAUCAUGUGGAUGUACAUGUAUCUGUAGCAGAGCUUGACUUGAAGGCUGAUAUUUUUCUUGUAUGUACA